AAUUGACAUUUCUUAUCAAAUGAUAACUUUAUUAUGACUUUUAAGUUUUAUCAAUUAUCAAUAACCUAGAAAAUAUCCUACAGAGUACAGACUACAACCAAGGACCGAGGUUUAAUUUAGUUUAUAGUAUUAUACAUACUUCAAAUAAAAUUACAUAUAACCUGAGAACUGCAUAAAUAUUUAAUAGCAAAUAUGGCAAAACAUUUAAAAGCUUUAAUUGGACCAUCUAUUCUUAAUUCCGAUUUAUCAAGACUCUACGAAGAAUCUCAGAAACUUUUAGAUAAUGGAGCUGAUUACUUGCAUUUGGAUGUAAUGGAUGGCCAUUUUGUUCCUAAUCUAACCUUCGGUCACCCAGUAGUGAAGUGUCUUAGAAGUAAAAUUAAAGAUGCCUUUUUUGAAACCCAUAUGAUGGUGGCUAAUCCUGAACAGUGGAUUUCCCCAAUGGCAGAUGCUGGUGUGAACCAGUAUACCUUUCACAUUGAACCAGUGGAUGAUGUUGAAAGAGUUUGUAGAAAAAUAAAAGAAAGUGGAAUGAAGGUUGGCCUUGCAAUUAAACCUGGUACUCCUGUGUCAGAUGUUGAAAAAUACAUUUCAAUGUCAGAUAUGGUGUUAAUAAUGACAGUAGAGCCAGGGUUUGGUGGACAGAAGUUCAUGGAAGAUCAGAUGAUAAAGGUUCGGCAUUUAAGGGAGCAUUAUCCACAGUUAAAUAUUGAAGUGGAUGGUGGUGUAGGUCUUGCCACUAUUGGGUGCUGUGCUAAUGCAGGAGCAAAUAUGAUAGUCUCUGGAACAGCUGUGAUAGGUGCUCAAGAUCAAGCUGCCACUAUCAAACAACUUAGGGAUACAGUACAACAAGCAAUCUCACAAUAAUUUUUUUAACCAAAUAUAAGCAGAAGUAUCAUGAAUAUAUUUUUAUAUAAAUUAAAUACAUGGAUUUUGUAUGCAAAAUCCAUG